AAAACGAAAAAAAAAAUCUGAAGGUUCGUUGGCGCAAAAGAGACCCUUUUUUCCUUAUCGUUCUCGUUCUUGUUCUAGGGUUCUCUCUCCCCUCUUUGAUCCCCGUGUGCCUCCCGCUUCAAAGGCGACAACUCCCACCGAUCUCCGAAGGAAAUUGGUUGGUUCUGUCAGGAAGUAAAUGUGAAAAUGGUAGAGGAGCCUUCAGCAGCCCUAUUUCAGCUUGGAAUAACCAAAGAUAGAGAGCACGAUGCUGCAGAUAAGCUUAAAUCUAGCUGGUAUUUCAGUAGAGAAGAGAUUGAGAAUAACUCCCCCUCACGGAGAGAUGGAAUUGACACAAGGAAGGAGUCACAACUGCGGAUGUUAUAUUGUUCAUUCCUCCGGGAUGUUGGCAUGAGACUAGGACUACCACAGAUCACAAUUGCAACAGCAAUCAUGUUUUGCCAUCGCUUUUAUCUCCACCAGUCACAUGCAAAGAAUGAAUGGCAGACCAUUGCAGCGGUUUGUAUGUUUCUUGCUUCCAAGGUCGAGGAAACACCACGUGGAUUGGACAAGGUUGUCAUAGUAGCAUAUGAGACUAUGUACAGAAAGGAUCCUGCUGCUGCUCAGAAAAUUCAUCAGAAGGAAGUUUUUGAGAAGCAGAAGGCACUAAUUUUACUUGGGGAGAGGCUGCUACUCUCAACAAUUCGGUUUGAUUUCAAUAUUCAGCACCCCUACAAACCACUUCUUGAUGCUCUAAAGAAACUGGGUAUCACUCAUAAGGACGUGAGACAAGUAGCAUGGAACUUUGUGAAUGAUUGGCUUCAGACUACAUUGUGCCUGCAAUAUAAGCCCCAUUAUAUUUCAGCUGGUUCUCUCUUCCUUGCUGCUAAGCUUCACAAUAUCAGACUUGCAUCUGAAAGGGGUCAUGUUUGGUGGCAUGAGUUUGAUGUCGCCCCACAACAGUUAGAAGAGGUUAUACAGCAGAUGACACAGCUACUGGGUUACAAGAGCAGACCCAUGGUAACCCGUGCACUUGACAAGCCGAUCCAUACCCCACUGGCAGCAAAGAAAGAGAUCUCCAGCAGUCCAGACUCUGUUUUGACCAUCCCUGAUUCAUGCAGAAGCAGCUCAAGCCAUGACUUUGAAAGAGAGGUUGGCGGGCAUAGGACUGUGGGUUCCAUCAAUUGCACGAUCACCAAAUGCUCGAGUGCAUAUGGAGAAUGCUCAUGUGUGGAUGGGAGAACAGAGCUGCAAUGCCAGAUGAGGGAAUCUGAAAGCCUAAUUGGUGUUUCUAAGGAUGGUGAGACAUCAGGGAUGGACUUGGAUCAAGCAAGGCUGGAGCCACACCAUGUUGUCAAUGGGCUUAUUGAAACAGACAUAGAGCUGCAAUGCCAGCCAAGAGAAACUGAAAGUUUUAGUAGUGUUGCUAAGGAUGGUGAAACAUCAGGCAGAGACUCGGACCCCAUUAGUGUUGCUAAGGAUGGUGAGAGAUCAGGGAAGGAAUUGGACCAGGCAAGGAUAGAGCCACACCAUGAUGUUCAAGAACUUGGUAAAAUAGACAUGGAGCUUCAAUGCCAGCGAAGAGAAUCUGAAGGCCAAAGUAGUGUUGCUAAGGAUGGUGAGACAUCAGGGAAAGACUUGGACCAAGCAAUUACAGAGUCCCACCAUGUUGUCAAUGGGCUUGGUAAAACAGACAUUGAUAGAAUCAAGGCAAAGAUAAAGAGAAGGAAGAUGGAGAGAGGAAGUAAUAAGUGUGUGGUGGCUGUGGAUGACUCCAGCAAUGAUGCCUGGAUAGAGAAGGACCUGGAAAUUGGGAUAGAUGUAGACAGGAUCAAGGCUAUGAUGAAGAGAAGGAAGAAGGAGAAAGAAAGUAAUAAGUGGACGGCAGCUGUAGAUGACUCCAGUGAAGAUGCCUGGAUUGUGAAGGAGCUGGAAACUGGUAUAGAGCUUGGAGCUGAAUCUGCUGCAAAUAAACAAAGUUUGACAUGAUGCAAUUAAGUGACAGCUGCUACCAUAGACCAUAGGCUGUCUGGUGUUCCAUCAUGUGUGGACAUUAUCAUCUGACCUGCUCGUAUGUAGGUCACAGUAGGGGGUUCAUUUCUCAUAAUCUUAUACAACAUACCGGAGAAGUCUGACAUUUUUUUCCUUUUUAAUUUGCCCCAAUCUACUUAUCAUUAUAUUCGUUCAUUUGCUGCAGUUAUACAUUCCUGUAUCCUGUAUGUUCAUUUUUAAGUUUUUCAACCCAGUUUGACUGGAUGUUACUGUUAUCAGGUUCUGUAAACCUACACAAUGUUUGGUUUAACCAAUAAUUUUUUUUCUAGGGAUAUCUUUAGUGAAGCUUAUGUGUUUGGAACAAGUUUACUUUUAUUUGAUUAUUCGGAUGUCAUGUAGUUAUUAUGUU